GAUUUGUUGCAUGGGCCCCAUAGACAAACGAUAGCCUCGAUAGGGCACAGAUACAGAUUACAACCACAGAUUGAUUGCCACAGACCCUGCCACUCACUCACUCACCCCCUCCCUCAGAAAGUUAACUUACCCUUCCUACGGCUGUUCUCCGCCUUGCGACGAUCGACUGAGUGACUGACUACUCCGUCCACUUUGACCUCGACUCUCUACUCCGUUACCAUCACUUCGUGGCUUCGGAUUACGCCUAUUCCAACAACAAUCAGCCACUUCAACGGUCUGUGAUGUGGCAGGGUCUUUUCUAACCAAUCAUGGCCGAAUGUCGUCGCUCUGUCCUUUCUUGCGCGCGAUGUCGUCGACGCAAGAUCAAAUGUGAUCGUGCCAUUCCUUGCGGCCAAUGCACCGCCGCAAAAGCAGAAUGUACAGGUUACAGCUCAAAAGACCAAGAUCCAAACAUCCCGCGCUCCAUCGUUCAGCAUCUUGAGUCAGAAAUCGCCAAAGUCGAAAGCGAACUCGCCCGCAAUGGACAUCUCGACGAACUCAAUGCCUCUGACAUAUUGGCGGGCAUGCCAACCGACGAAGGACUACCGAUGGAGGAGACAGGAGUGCCCAUCUUCGAUGCACCCAAACUGGAUGAGCCCUCUGGACCCCCACUCGACCUCUCUACGACAGCGAUUAAAGACACUGUUCGGGACGAAGUGAUGAGCUGUGGAGAACUGCAAGCCAUGAUCUUUGCCAUUCUUCCAACCGGUCCAGGAGUCACAGAUCUAAUAGCACGGGUCCGAAUGAGCUUAACCCCAUCUACCGCCAUCGCAUCGGGUAGUCCGCGAGAAGCACGAAGAAAGUCCAUCUCCCGUGGGGUCCAAGAAGUCAGCUGUGCGAUGCUCAAGAGCAUCCCGACCCCGAUCGUCCGAAGUCUGAUCAAGAAAUAUAUGACCAGAGUUUAUCCAAUCUUUCCCGUCCUCCACGCGCCUUCGUUAUGGCAGCAACUCGAACGCGUGGUCAAGACCUUACAGGAGCUCCCACCAAACCACCGCAGUGUCCCACCAUCCUUCGAUUUCCUCAUCAUUUAUCUCAUGCUCUCCACGUCCGCUACUCUUGGCAGCGCCCGAACCGGCCACGAAACCAAACACAUGGUCUUCUCCAGUACAUUGUUCGAAGAGGGUAUCCAACAUAUGACAGACAAGGCCAACAUCCCAUCGGACCUCGCCGGCAUCCAAGUGACACUCAUGGUCCUGCAAUACGCAUCCAUCAACCCACGGCUCGCAAAUGUAUGGAUGUUAACCGGUGCCGCGAUGCGUGCCUGCCUCGAGCUUGGAUUGCACCGUGAAGCCCCCGAAGCACUGAACUUCGACCAACUCACCCUCGACCUACGCCGACGCAUAUUCUGGGCGACAUAUAACUUCGAUCGAGCAAUCUGCUCGGCGCUCCAACGUCCACUGUCCAUCCCCGACCAAACCAUUGACGCGCACUUCCCCUCGAUUCUCGACGACAGGCACAUCCAUCCCAACGGCAUCGAUGCCACUGGCGCCGAAACAAAACUCCACAGUCUCCGAUGGAUACACUUCCGCCGACUGCAAUCCGCCAUGGUCGAAGUGCACUUCCAAGGCAAACCUCUAGAACAAGGGCAAUCCUGGGAAGAUUGGCUAGUCUACAUGGAACGCCGCCUCCAAGCGUGGUACGAAGACUACAACGACGGCCAUGAACUCACAGAGUUCACACUGGCGCAUGGCCUGAUGAAUCUGCACCGUCCGUCGCCGCGCAUACCCAUGCCCGCCCAGCGCAGUCUAAUGGUCGCUUUCGAGGCCGCGUGCUCCAGCGCCAAAUCUCUGCGCGACCAUAUUUUGUCCGGCUUCUACCGACGUUCAUGGCUGAUCGCGCAUCACGUCCUGGAGAAUAGUAUGGUCGUGUUGUUCUGUCUGCGCCACGGGUUCGACACUAUUUCCGCACGAUUCUCAGCGCAACAGAUUUUCGAAAUGACGAAAGUGUUUACCGCAAAUUUCCUGGCUCUUGCCGCGCAAGGCUGGAACGAAGUCUCCAAUUACGCCGGCGUGUAUGAGCGCUUACUAGGACCACUGUUGGAGUCAGUCUUUUCGAAUAGGCCUCCUAGUCUGUCGAGUUUCGGCCCUGCGCAGGAUGCAGAGCUGUUGAGGUUGUUGUACCCUGGUCCCGCACAGUUGGAUAAACUGAGGUUUGGCAGUCGGUCGUUCGAUGGUGAUGGGUUGCCGAGCUUCGAUAUGGGGACGCUGAAUUGGGAGGAUUUCAGUGUGAGUGAUGGGCGGUCGGCGAGCGCCGAGGGCUUUGUCGCGGGCUGGGACCUGUUUGAUCCGAAUGCUGUGGUGUCGGGGCAUGAUCUUGUAUUUGGUAUGGCUUGAGCGUAUAUCUUUUGAAAGGUCCUGCACUGUCUAAUGAAUAUCAUUUAGAUCCAUGGUUGCUCGGCUCGUAAUGAUCGUUUUCGGGCAUGUAAAAGUACAACAUGUGUUUUUACGACCCUCUUCGGUACGAGCAUGUACGGCGCAGACUACAGAGCGGGGAUCCGUGUCUAUCGCUAUGUUGUCUAUUGGCGUUGCUGGCCAUCAGCAGCCGUUCUGCAACUUAACAGAUCCAUCUAGUCAUCCGAUCAUUCUGAUCUGGGAAAGAUAGCCUCAAUUCUGUCAACCAGUGCAUCAGACACCUGAACAUCCUCUGGCGGUGCUGAUACUGCGGCAGCGUCCUUGUCCUCAUCUUGAACAGAUUUCCGGGUGAUCAGGCCUUUCCAGU